ACACUGCCUCCUCCACCCGCUAAGAAAGGCAAGGCGGCAGUGCGGAGUGGGGGAGUCCAGCCUUUACCCGCAGGCAGGCGGCAAACAAUUCCCUUUCAUUCAGAGCGUGUCGCCUCAGAGGAUGAGAGUUGCUGCGACAGACGAUCACCGCUACCCCUCUGGCAGAAUUCCUUGUCCAAUUCAUCACCAUCACCUUUUUCUCUCCGCCUCCCUGCUUGGGCGUGUCGCGUUGUCCUGGAAACUGGCGGCCGGGACAGGGUCGCCCUGGUGACGUCAUCAGAGGCCGACAGAGUCAACUCCCGGUAGGAUGGCUGAGCCGGUGGAGUCUCGCCGGGAAGAUCUUGCUCUGCCAUCGGCUGCUUCUUCCCACUCUCCUCCCGCGGAGUCCUCUACUGCGGCGGUUGAAGUUGCUGAAAGGCUGGAGAAAGAGCCUGGCGACGCUAAGGAGGAGGUGCAGGGUGGAGAGAUUAUAAGCAAGGAAGUUUCUGAGUUGAUCUCAGGAGAAAUAGAAGAAUCUACAUCACAGUCUUGUGCAGCCAAGAAAAUAAAAAUAGAGAUCAAGGAGAAGAAAGAAAAAAAGCAUAAAGUAGAUGAAGAUGAAAUUCAAAAAAUGCAAAUACUUGUUUCUUCUUUUUCUGAAGAACAGCUAAAUCGUUACGAGAUGUAUCGCCGCUCAGCUUUCCCUAAGGCUGCUAUUAAACGGCUGAUACAAUCAAUUACUGGAACCUCUGUUUCUCAGAACGUGGUUAUUGCCAUGUCAGGAAUUUCCAAAGUCUUUGUUGGAGAAGUAGUAGAAGAAGCACUCGAUGUAUGUGAAAAGUGGGGAGAAUCCCCACCACUGCAGCCCAAACACAUGCGAGAGGCGGUCAGACGACUGAAGUCACGAGGACAGAUCCCCAACUCAAAAUAUAAAAAAAUUCUCUUUCACUGAAGUAGUAGUGGGAGAGGAACCCCAAAAGGGAUGGAGAACUUAUAGGUGGUAGUGGUGUGAGUGUGUGUUGGGGGGGGGCGGGACACUUGUUUGAAAUGUGAUGUCUUCAUCUUUUUUUAAAGCCAUCUCAGGUGCAUCAUAUUCAAGCUGUGUCCAAUAAGAAUAAGCUUAUGUAAUCUGAAAUCUUGGGCCACAAAGACUAAAUCUGUGAACAUUUUUGCAUUAUUGCAGUGAUAAGAUUAUUCCAGGCCUAUGGGACACUAGAUUUCCUCCAAGAGGGAACAAAUGCAGCUUAACAGAUGUGUAAGAAUCAAGCUCUCUGACAGUCAUCUCUAAUAAAGAUAAUAAUUUGUCUGUA